CACUCUCUUCUUCUCGCUCCUUGUCUUCAAAACAAAACAGACACACACAACCGUUGCAACCCCAACGGCUCAAUUCCAUUUCAAAUCCCCAUCCCCUGCUCUUCCACUUCACACCUCCCUCGACUCGAUCUCUCUCGCCUCUCCACGGAUUUCCGUGAACCCUAACCUCGUUCGUCUCCAGAUCCACUGACCCAACGCCACCUCACACAUCACGAAACCCUAAUCGGCUAAUCCACCACCGAUGGCUCCGCCCACGCCCUCUCCGCGGCCGGCGCCUCCGCCGACGCCGCAUGGAACCCUGGCAACGCCCCUCCGGACACCCGCCUCCAAGCACCGCCUCUGCUUCCCGCCCACCACCCCGAAGAACAACCACGGCGGCGGCGGCGCUGCCACGGAGCACCCGGUCGAGGUGAUCGGCCGCAUCCGGAACCUCUCCUCGGGCGGCGCGUCGGCGCUGGAGAUCGCGGGGGGAGGGACGGCCGUGCGCGUGCGCGGUGACGGGGGCGGGUGCCGUGACUUCACCCUCGACGGCGUCUCCGUCUCCGAGGAGGAGGGCCUCGAGGGGUUCUACCGCCGCUUCGUGCGCUCGCGGAUCGAGGGCGUGAGGGUCGGGGCCAAGUGCACCGUCAUGGUGUACGGGCCCACGGGAUCGGGGAAGAGCCACACCAUGUUCGGAUGCGCCAAGCAGCCCGGGAUCGUGUACCGCGCGCUCAGGGACAUUCUGGAGGGAGGAGGGGGUGAAGGCGCCGGCGCCGGGGAGGAUGACGCCGGGUUCGGGGUCGGGCUCUUCGUUCAGGUCGCUGUGCUUGAGAUCUACAACGAGGAGAUCUACGAUUUGCUCGUGGGGAGCGGAGCUAAUGCUAAAGGGAACGCACCCAAGGUGAGGUUAGAAGUAAUGGGAAAGAAAGCCAAAAAUGCGACAUACAUAUGUGGAAAUGAAGCUGGAAAGAUAUCUAGAGAAGUUGCCAAGGUGGAGAAGAGGCGAACUGUCAAGAGCACACUUUGUAACGAGAGGAGUUCGCGGAGUCAUUGCAUGAUUAUCCUGGAUGUUCCAUCGGUGGGAGGAAGGUUAAUGCUUGUUGACAUGGCUGGAUCUGAGAACAUAGAAGCAGCAGGCCAAACAGGAUUUGAAGCCAAAAUGCAGACAGCAAAGAUUAACCAAGGGAACACUGCUUUAAAACGAGUGGUCGAGUCUAUUGCUAAUGGUGAUUCUCACGUUCCAUUUAGAGACAGCAAGCUCACAAUGCUACUACAGGAUUCAUUUGAGGAUGACAAAUCGAAAAUCCUGAUGAUUCUCUGCGCUAGUCCUGACCCAAAGGAACUGCACAAGACAGUUUCUACUUUGGAGUAUGGUGCUAAGGCAAAAUGUAUUAUACGUGCUGCUCAUGCCGCAACACCGAGGGACAAAAUGAGCUCCGAGGAGUCAUCUACAACGCUCAAUUCAAGAAUUGUUGCGAUGAACCAGUUCAUUUACAAGCUCCAAAAGGAGAACAAACUGAGAGAGAAAGAACGCAAUGAGGCCCAGAAUUUGCUACGGUUGAAGGAAGAGGAACUUGCACAACUGAGAGCAAAGCUCAAGCUGAUAGAAGGGAAGGAAAAAGCUGCUAAGGAAGAAGAGAUUAACUCAAAAGUUAUGGAGAAGACCCAGAUAUUGAGGAGUGAGGUCAUGAAGAUGGAAGAGGUGAUGCUAAGGCAGCAGCAGGAACUCACUGCACUAAAACAGCGGCUGCAGGAGGUUGAGCGUGAAAAGGUGGACGCUCGUCAAUCUGUGCAGCAGGAUCUCAUUGGAAGUAGAUUGUUGGCACGGCUAUCAGAGAUGCCUGCAGGACUUGAUCAAUCAAUGUCCAUGGUCAUGUCCAUGGAGUUAGAUAUGGGAGAUCAGCCGGUCAUGCAAGAUGUGAAGGUAAUAAAGGAGGAUACUCGCCAGCAGGGUCAAAUAUGGAAUCACACAGCCACAGCAGGCACUUGCACCGGUGCUGUGGAGCAAGAUAAUGAUGUCAGACUAUCCGGGUAUCCAGAAAAGGUGGUCUUGAGCACUGUAUUUGAGGAGGGGGGUGAAGAAGAUGGAGAGGGGGACAAUGGUUUUGAAGAGGAGGUGUGCAAAGAGGUUGUAGAGGAGAGCUUUAAGGUGGACUUCACAGAACAUGUGCUUGCUGAGCCAGAUGAUCCUGCCACAAGGCAGCAUCGGAUUCAUAACAUAUUCAGGCUCUGUGGGAACCAUCGUGAGUUAGCUAAGAAACCAAAGGUUCAGUCACCGGCAAAACAAGCAUUUGGUGAUGAGAACAAGUCACCGACAAAGCAAGGGUUCAGAUACGACGAAAACGAGCCAGCAAAUCAAGUUUUUGGAGAUGAGAACAAGGAGCCGUCAGCAUGGGGAGCCCCCACGUGCGACGUCAAAGUGACCGACAGCCCGGUAUCUUCACAACUUUCACCAAUUGUGUGCCAAGUCGUGGACGAGCCAUUGUUGGAGCAGCUGACAUCAUGCAAUAAACAGGAAGAAAGUGAUCGGAACAAGGAGAACAGCGUUGCUGUGCAAAAGGAGCAAGAGGGCUUGCUGGAAGUCUACAUCAAGUGGGAGUCCGGCAAUCUGAUCAAAGGGCUGAAAUUACUGCAGAACUCUCGCCUUUCAGAUUUAAGGAAGCUCAUAGAAGCUCACUUCGAAGAAGCAGGCAGCAAACAGCAACAUCAGUUCACCUUCCUCCUCCUCGGGGAUCCUUCCGGGGCUCCGGUGUCGAGGGAGAAGGAGGCGUCACUUCAAAUAAGCAAGCUGCCUCACUGGAACAACCAGCCGAACAGCUACCUGGCCUGCCUGCGCGCGGCCAAGAAGCCAACCGUGGAUCACAUGCCGUUCCACCCGUUGGAUAGCAAGCUGAACUCGGUCGUCAACGAGGUCGUCAACGAGGCGCACCGCGCCGGCGUGCUCUCGCCGAAGGUCAACCAGAUGAGCCCCAGCUACAUCCGGGAGUUGAGAGCUUGAGCUCCAGUAGAGUAUAAUAGCAGGUCACUUUUGUUGCUCGUCGUUCGUGGCGACACUGUUUGAUGUAUUCUUCUCUGUAUGAUGAUGACCUAUUGUUUCUGUAAGAUUUCUAGUCUGGCUUCGCAGCCGGAACUACCGAUGUAACCAUAUUAUUGUGACACGGUCGGCAGGACGAAGCGUUUUCAACCGCUGGGCGUUGUUGGAACUGUGGCCAUACAUCUGUGGCCACCGAGAUGCGUUUAUGAAUAGAUCAAUUCGUUUUU